AUGAGCGACAAAAAGCCCGGGCCAGCAAAGCCCGGCCUCGUCGUGCGCCAAGACAACCGCAAGCCGCUCUUCAACACGCGACAAAUGGCGCAGGAAACGCGAAUACCCGCCCUUUCACGGUCGAAAUCGAGCCCCGGCGCGCAGGACCGACCGCUCGAAUCCCCCGCGACACCAGGAGGCUCCCGCAUACCGCGAUUCGGCAGCGGCGGCUUCGGCAGCCGACAGCCCCUGUCGCUGACCGAGGCGUUCAAGCUCGCGGGCGAGGAGGACCGGCCGCGCUCCGUCGACGGCUCCCCUAGCCCGGCACCGCGAUCGUGGCGCAGACCAGACCUGCGCCAGGCUGAGGGUACAAAGGCCGUGUCACCCAACAAGGAGCGCAUCGCCAUGCGGAACCGCGUCGACGACGGCAUCGGCAAGUCGAGAACCAGUCGAUGGGUGCUGGAGGAGGGCAUGCGCGACGACGCGCUGCCAUCGACGGAAAAUGCGGGCGAGUCGCCGGAGAAAAGCUACGCCUGGCAGGUAGACGAGGACUUUACCGCGGGUGACCUGCUGGUUUCCGACAGCCCGCGGAUACGCGUCAACAAGCCGCCGUUUGCAAAGUCGCCCGUCAGAGGCACGCCCAAUACUAAGCUCGACGAGAUACGGACACGCGAGCUGGGGCUGACGCCGAACGUGGGCGGAAUAAAAACUACAAAGCUGGAUGACAUUCGAUUACGAGAAAAACAGGCCGAUCUUCCGCUGCUGGAGCGUGGGUUCCCGCGCAUAGGAGGCGGACACACCAAGCUGGACGAGAUCAAGCAGCGAGAGAUGCAAGGGCUGUCGAAGCGGGCCAUUGCGCAGGCCAAGCUGGAGGAUAUUAAAGAACGCAACGCCAUGACGAGAUCCGUCUCGCCAGAGUCGCCACGAAGAAACCGUGGCGGCCACGUCCCGCGCUCCAAGUCGGCGUUUGAGCCAGCAGGACGACAGGUGCCCGACACGCCAGUUACUAUAUAUAAAUCAGAAGCGGAAAGGGCUGCCGACGUGCGACGAGCAGCCGCCAAAAAGGCAGAGGAGAAGAAGGAAGAAGAAACACACGCCAACCGUGCAAACGGAUUGUCGCCGCAGAAGCGCGACCAGUCCCGCGACUUGCUGCGUAAGCUGGCCCGAGCCACGAGCGCCAGCCCAGGCGAACGCACCAGCGGUAGCACAGUCAAUGAACCAGAAGCUCGCACCAGUCUAGCCGAACGCAUUGGCGGUAGCACAAUCAACAAAGCAGGGGCUCGGGCCAGUCUAACUGGACGCAUCGGCGGUAGCGCAAUCAAUAAACCAGAGCCCCGCGCCAGCUCUCUCAAGCCAUCCGCCCUCGUCGACCGCAGCCGCCGACGCACAUCCAACACGUCCGAGUCCAAGAGCGCCUCUUCGUCGGACCGGCCCACGGUGGGCUUUGCCGGGCUCGCGCGCGCUCGAUCCAGCGACUCGCACAAGAGCAAGGGCUCCAGCAUGCACUCGGAACAGGACCCGACGGAUAGGAUCGAGGCCGAGGAGAGGCUGUUUGCGCCGCUCGACAACUACUCGGAGCGCGGUUCUGUGCGCGCGCCCUCGCCGUGGGUGGAAGAGGACAACAACGCAACGCCAAAACCGCCGAGCAAGGAUUUCCUAUCGAUGCCUACGCCACGCGCGCCUGGAGCUUUUGUCGACACCCCGGUUACCCUCAAAAAGGAGGACUGCGCGCCCAGACGCAGAAUGAGCUUGGAAGAGUCGCCCGACGUCAAGCCGGCUACGGUGUUUCGGGAUAAGAAGACGGACCUCGCCUGGCGCAGCAAAGACGUCGACACGGCGUCCGACCCUGGUGCGGCCGAGGAAAAGCCAACCCGGCCGAAGCGCUCACGGAGCUUGCCUAGAAGACGGCCCCUGACAAACUCGGCCAAGCUGCCGUCGGUGCGCGACGACCUGCGGGAGCUGCAGCGCAUCCACGACAUUGACGACGGCACGCUGGACAACCUGGAGGACAUUCUGCUGGGCAAGAAGACGACGGAUGAGAAGCUGGACGAACUCCUCAAAGAGAUUCCGGCAGCGGCCGAUGCGGUCGCAGAACUGAAAGACGAAGAACGAGCGGGCACGGGCCUGGACGAGCGAGCUGCGUAUGAGGCGCUGAGCGCGUCCGUCGAGCGUGACCUCGGGGUGCACAAAGGCGGGAAUACAAAGGUGGAGGAGCCGCCGCGCAAAAACAAACACGAAACCGAGAAGAAGCAUACCACGGACAAGCAGGCAAAAAUGGAUGCGCUGAUGAAAACCGAGGCACUGAAAACAGAGGCGCUGAAAAGCGAGCCUGGCGUCGAAAACGAAAUGGGCAUCCACGAGACGCCCGCAAGCAAUGUCGGCAUAAAGAAUAAGACGCACACCAACGAAACAGGCAUCAAGCUCGAGACGCCCGCGACGGAGAAACACCGGCACGCGGACAAAGACGACUGCCCGCUCUGCGUCGCCAAGCCCGCGCACGUCGCGUACCUCCACCUACCUCUCCCACGGCUCUUCCACGCCCGGCCCAACAUCCGCCUCACGCUGCUCGGCGUGCUCCUGUGCGCGCUGUCGCUCUGGUACGCGGCCGAGACGACCAUGUGCCGGCUGCACUGCCGGCCGACGACGUGCGCGGGCGAGACGCCCUGCGUGUGGUCCUUUGACGACCCCGUGGCGUUUGGCACCGCGCUGCCCAUCAAGCUCGACCAGUGGGCGACGGGGGGCCGCGGGCGCGCGGCGUGGGACGAGGCGCGCGACUGGGCGGCCGACGUGCUCCUGCUGGAGCGCUGGAGGGACGUCGAGGCGCUGACGACGGAGCAGCGGCGGAGGGUGCGGAGGCGCGCGGUGAAGAGGAGGGGACUGACGGAGGAGCAGAGGCUGCUAGUGGAUGCGUGGAGGAGGCAGCGCGAGAGGGAGGAUGGCGUGCGGAGGGGUGUCGUAAGCGAGGAGAGCGUGGGCGGGGAUGAGCGGCUGUGGGAGUAG